GCUGAGGAAAGGAAAGUGCGAAUACAAGAAGCCAGCACCUAUCAAAAGGCUGUUCUACCGUAAAUAGUGCGUGAAUAAUCGAGGAAACUUGUACUUGACGCUCUCCUAAACAGGUCAUGAUGUGGUGUUCAAAGGUGCGCGCCUUGACAGCCCUCACCUGUGUCUUCAUAGGAAGCCUGUUGACUUGUGAAGUGACAGCCACAGAGACACUAACUCCAGAAGAUGCACACUUUUGCCAUGGAGGGCUCGAGGUGAUCUACCCUGAGACUGACAUCAGUGACUGUGUGAUCAUCCCAACUGCACAGAGAGAGAAGCUCAGUAAGGAAUGGGGGGCCCCUCAAGUGAAACUGGCAACAGCCAAGAAGAGAAAGUACACGCUGAUGAUGGUGGAUCCAGACGCUCCUAGCCGCAGCAACCCUUCUCGCUCUCACUGGAGACAUUGGCUUAUAGCUGAUAUCGAGGGCCAGGAGCUGAAGAGAGGGAAUGUUAAAGGCACUGUGCUCUCAGAAUACACUCGUCCAACACCCCCUCAGAAGUCUGGCCUGCAUCGCUACCAGUUCAUGAUCUUCGAGCAGCCGGAUGGUCAGACUCUUUCACUCAGCAAGGAAGAGAAUGCCUCUCGAGGGAACUGGGAGCCGCAAGCAUUCAUUGGCCGGUUCAGACUGGGGCAUCCGGUGGCCUGUCUGCAGUUCCUCACCCGUAGUUACAAGGAGUGACCGGCGGGGACGCCACCACUAUACGCACUCCAUGGCCGCGUGACAGACAAGGAAAGGCAAAACUAACAAAAGCAUUUGCUUCUUCCACAGUGAUGCAGUAUAUUCUAAAAUAAAAUAAAAUCAUUUUAUGUCUCCCUCA